AUCUGAGCAGCCAGAGAGUCCUCAGAGCAAGAUGGCUGCUCCCAUGUCCCAGUGAGUGUGUGCAGGGGCUGCAGAGCUGCAGGUCUUUGUUUCGAAAGAUCCCUGCCUCUCCUCGGGCACAGUUUUCUUUGCAGCGAGAGGAGAGAGGCAGGGAGGGUGAGGGGGAGGGUGCGCUAUGCAGCACCAGCCCUGUUCUGAUCCUGAUGCCUUACAGAGUGGCUCACUCUAGGGCUGGAGGGGGUUGAAUAUUGGUUUUGAAAAGGUUUGGUUUGGUUUUGUAUUUGGGUUUUUUUGUUUUAGUUUUCAUUUCGUUUUUGUCUAAAAUCCUGUGAAGUUUGCAGGCCCCUCACUCUAAAUUUAUGGCAGCGUUUCCAUGGAUCCACUGUGGCAUGUAGUUUCAGUAUGGUUGGCCUCCAGCAUAAUCUGUUUGAGGCCACACUUCUGUCAGUUGGUCCCUGGAUGGAUUAUAUCAUGGGUGAAGUAGAGCAUCUGCAUCAACCAGUUUCCUUAAAAUAGCCUGCCACUUGAAUGCAGUUUCAUGGACAGUAGCAACACUUCGAACCAGGAAAGUGGUAAUAAACCUUCCUUACUAAAUUAAAUGUAGAGGCUGCUCCUUCAAGGAAAAUUUCAGUACAUCCGUAGUGUUGGGUUUCCCAGACACAGCAGUAUGGUACCUCCAGGGAAAAAGCCAGCUGGGGAAACUUCCAAUUCCAAUAAAAAGUGUAAGCGCUAUUUCAAUGAGCACUGGAAGGAAGAAUUUACGUGGCUGGAGUUUGACUAUGAAAGGAAACUCAUGUUUUGCAUAGAAUGUCGCCAGGCACUGGUGAAGAAUAAACAUGGCAAGGCGGAGAAUGCCUUUACUGUGGGGACGGACAACUUCCAGCGCCAUGCUCUGCUACGGCACGUCACUUCUGGAGCUCACCGCCAGGCCCUAGCGGUUAACAGAGAGCAGCUGGCUUUUGAGUCACGUGUCCACAACCACCAGGAACUGCGCUCGGUGAUAAAGGUGGAAGUAAACCCGACCAAGAUAGCCAUCCUCACCACCGUGUACUGGAUGGCUAAGGAGGAGAUCCCAGACGACAAGUGCUCUUCGCUGCUCGAGUUCCAGAAGCUUAACCUCUGUCAAGCCCUCCUGACUUCAGAGCACAACGAGUAUUACCACCCCAGCAGCAUCAAAGAGAUGCAGGCAGCGAUCGUCAAAGUCCUUCACAACGAGGACAGGCACAAGAUGAAAGCAUCACCGUUCAUUGGCCUGGUGGUGGACGAGACGGUUGAUGUCAUGGAGCAUCGGAACCUCAUCAUGUUUACAACCACGGUCUCACCGUGCAGUGGGCAGACCUCAAUCACGUUCCUGGGCAGUUUUGAGCUGCCGGCUGGGGAGGCAUCUACUGUGGCAGACAAAGUGGUUGAGGUAAUGCAUUCUUUUGGAGUUCCCACCAUGAAGAUCACAUGGCUCAGCUCUGACAGCUCUUCUCUGAUGGCUGACAGGCUUAAUGGGGUGGGGACUAAGCUGAAGUCCAUGUGCCCCCUCCUCACCGAGAUGCACUGCAUAUCCCAUAGGAACUCCCUUCUACCCUCUGAGAGUGGCAUUAAUAUAGAAUAUGUCCAGAAGUAUGAAACUACGGUGGAUGCUGUUUACAGACUCUACUCCAACUUCAAAGGGGAGAGUAACAGCCUCCAAGAGCUUCAGAGUGUCCUGGAUCUGUGCGAGAUAGACCUAGAGGACCCUAAGACCAUCCACUGGACUUCCAUCUUCCCAGCAGUGGAAGCUAUCGAUUCCUCAUGGCCCACACUGGUACUUCUGUUAGAGAGUGAGUCAGAGAGAUCCCCUGUGGCAUUUGGCCUCUGUGAAGAGCUCAAGAAGUUCCAGUUUGUGGCAUUCACCAAGAUCCUCCUGGAUGUCCUCCCCAUCUUCCAGAAGCUAAGCCGGUUCUUCCAAAUUGAAGAUUUUGACCUCUCCAUCCUCAAACCCAUCGUCUCCGCUACCGCCACCACCCUGCAAGCCCAGAAGAUCACCAGUGGCCAGAACUUCCAGGAGUUCCUUAAUGAGAUGAAUGAGCACCCCCGGGAAGACCGCGAGGAUGAAAGCAGGUUCUACUACAAAGGAGUGGAGCUGGCCAACUGCUCCAAGGUACACCUGAAAAACUUUGAGCAUUUGAAGGAGACCUACCUUGAGAGUGUGCGGGACAACCUGCUGGAUCGGUUCCCUAGCAAUGUCCUGGAGGCAGUCAACUCAUUCUCCGCCAUCUUUAACCCCAAGUGCUACCCUCAGUCUUUGGAUGAUAUCAGCAGCUAUGGUAUCAGCGAGCUGAACUUCCUCUUGCAGGCAUAUUCCCGGUUGGUGGUGAGCGAGAGGGCUCUAAAUGAUUUUCCCCUCUUCAAACGGAUAGUGUUUAGCCUCAGCCAACUGUCCUUUAAGGAUCUGUGCAUCAAGCUGGUUUACAGCAAUUCUGAAAUGCACGAGCUCUUUCCUGACUUUGCUGUCCUGGCUGCUGUUGCGUUGGCCUUGCCUCUUGGCUCAGUGCUUUAUGAGAAAAUUAACCGGGGGAGGGAACUCGUGAAACGCAGCCAGUGGCGCUAUGCAAAAGAUGAAGGCCUGUCCAACCUCAUGAAGAUCGCCAUAGAUGGGCCCACCAUCAAUGAGUUUGACUUUGCAUUAGCCAUUGAGUAUUACGAAAGUAUGAGAGAAUCCAGUUUUAUCAUGGCACAGGUUAACUAAGCCACCCUUCUGGGCAACAGAAUGUGAAAGCGUAAAGUAUUUUUGACUUUGAGAUAACAUAACCCUGUUGAUGGGGUAUGAGGCCUUACACUGAAACUAGAAUAUUAAUGGCUAAAUUUUGUUUUGUUUUGUUUUAUCCCUGUUUGUCCCACUGCUUUGCUACUCCUGCCGUAUCUGAUCAGAGGACCAUGUGUUACAGGUUCCAGGGAUAGUUGGGAAAUGUUACAAGUAUUUCCUGUUCCAUGUUGGGACUUUUGAUGUGAGUCCUACUUUUAAGCAGGAAGAGGGAUUCUUUUCUAAAUCUGUUUCAGUCCUGACACCACAAAAAAGUUUGAUUGAAUCAGCUGACUCUCUUUUCCUGCUUUCUUAAAUCAGUGGUUCUCAACCUUGUUAGGCUCAAGGAACCCCUUGUUAGGUUAAAGGCACCCCUCCUUAGACUCAAGGCACCCUCAGAAAAUGUCAGCUCUGAAUUUUCACUCAAUUUUUGAUCAUGGAAAAAUAAUAUAGUCAUUUUUCUAUUGCAAAGAACUCAAAAAGACUACAACAGGUCAGAAUUUUUUUAAAUGCAUGGAUUCUUGUUUAAAAUCAUUGUGUUUCUUUUGUGAAUCAUAUUUGCACACCCAACAAUGCUAAUAUCAUGUGGCACCCUGUAGCACCCCUGAAAAGAUGUUGCAGCACCCCAGGGUGCUGCGGUAUGCUGGUUGAGAAUCACUGUCUUAAAUGUAUCCAUUCUCUUAAAUUCUGAAUAGCAUUUAGAAUCACCUUUAUCUUUCCUCUCUUUAUUAAGGGAAAAAAAACCUCGUGUCUUGAGCUCAAAUGUUACAUUGCUUUUGCACACUGAUACCUGGCAGCUUUUUUUUCUUGAUGUUCCACAAAAAUAACCAAUUUUUACUCUUUGGAGCCUGGAGAAUGAACACCGAGACAGCAUUUCUUUCUAGCUCUGUCACAAAUCCGAUAAUGCCUAGCAGUGUCUUGUUGAAAUUCCUUGCACACAGCACAAAAUAUUUUUAGUGUUGGAAUCAGUUUGUGAUCAUUGCAACUGUGAGCAAUUUAGAAAAAUGAUAUUGUAAUCACCAAGGAAACAUUAACUUUUAAAUGCAUCAUUAUGUAUAUAUGUGUGUGUACAUAUAUAUAUAAUAUAUAUAUAUACACAAAAUAUAUAUAAAUAUAUAUAUUAAAUAAAUCUAUCUUACCUUUCCUAGUGUUAAAGUACAAAGAUGUCUAAAAGGAGGGUUUGGUUUGGUUUGGUUUGGUUUGGUUUGGUUUGCAGUGACAAUAAAUUAUAUAUGGGGUCCAAAAAGUAAUAAAUAAUUCCUUGUUUUUCAAAAUACCUGACCUUUCCAUUGCAGCCUAAGACUUGCAAUCUUGCAACCAAAGAAUGAGCCUUUUAACAUCUACCUUAUGAACAAGCUUGAGUUUUUGUUUGUGUUGGUUGAUUUUUCUUUUUGAACAUUCCCUCACCUUGAAGUGAGUGAGGUUUUCUCAAACCAUGACAGCUCAGUGAAAUGGCAGCUUUUUAUUGGAUCAGUACACAAAUGUGCAAGAAUUGUAACCAAGUCCAGAUAGAAUUUGUUGCAUGGCAUGUGUUCUCUUCGUUAAUUAUACAAGCCUAUGUUUGUUUUUACCUUACUCGGGGUGCUUUUCUUAGUUCUGUAGAAGGGGGAAGAAAGACCCUUAUUACUGGUUUUAAUUUGCAAUAAAGUUGAAACUUUGAACUAACA